UUUCUCCUAAUCCACGCGCUAUUCAAAUAUCUCUCUCUCUCUCUCUCUCUCUACAAUCCACUGUUACAACUGGAAGGACAAUCAAGAAAGAGGAAGCACCCGAUGCUUCUUGUUCACUCCAAAACCCUAUCUCUGUACUAUACCUUUUCAUUUGAUCAAUUGCAGAAUAUUCUUUACUUUACAGAUAAUUAAUUUACGAAUGGUACCAAAUUCGCUUCCAUUUCUUCACCAUCAUCGACUGAGCACUAUAUGUUGGAGUUGAUGUGAAUGUGAUUAGAAGAGGCAUAGAUUGUGGUGAAAGUGAAGGGGACGACAAUGUUUCUGUUGACACUGUUUCUCGGGUUCCUUCUUGGGGCUCUGACGAUUCUCGGGGUCGAAGCUCUUGGAGUCCUCUUUGUGAUCGACCGAUUGAAUCGGAAAAUCAAAGAAACAGACGCAAAAGCGGCAUCGAAAUCUCAUCGAGAACUCCAUGCCGACCUUGAUCCCAAAUUCUCUUUCGAUCUUUCUUCUUAUCAGAACAAGCAGGGAUUUGUCUGGAUUUUAGAAUUUGAGAAAGUCCCGAAGACUUGGCUUGCAGACAAAGUACCGAGAGAGCAAAAGCGAAAGAAAGAGUUGGAGGUUACCCCGGUCCGAAAAUAUGCAAAAAUUAAGGAUCGCUCACUUAUUCUGACAGAUUCAGAUCGUUCGUACACUGAAAUUCGGUUAAAGGGUUGCCUAGUAGAAGCUAUUUCUGCUACGAGCUUGUCCUCAAGAAAAUGGGCUAAAAGAUACCCGAUUAAAGUGGAGAGCAAGACUUCAGUUAUAUACCGUGGAAGUAAAAUCUUUUACAUUUAUCUUGACACGUGCGGCGAGAAAGAGUUGUGGUGUAAAGCCCUCCGUCUUGCUUCAUGUAAUGAUAAAGAGAAGUGGUUUGCCAAGUUGAAUUCAGAGUUUCAUGGUUACCUGGCAUCCCUAAACAUAGAAUAUCCUUCAUUUAUGAAACCUUCUAUGGGUUUCAAUGCUGAGCAAGUAGACAGGUCAAUUAAAGUUGACGGUUCUUCGUCAAAGGUUCGCCACUUUCUGAAAAAACUUGCGAAGAAGGCUUCUAAGACUGGUGUAGAAAAUAAGGUGAACUGGACUUUAACAUCAGACCGUGAAGAGAGAAAGAUCGGUGAGAAAUCUCGUCCAUUCCAAGAUUCUGUUUUGGCUACGGGAUUGAUAAAGACUGCUCCAACAGGGAAGGCACCUAACUGUUCGGCACAAGAGAAUAUUGGUUCCUCAUUAUCGUCAUCCUUUACUAACUCAGGCAGCAGAAGUCAUGUCUCUGUCAUCUCUGAUACAGAUUCUGAUGACAAGAUUCUUAUUGAUGAUGGAACACUCUGUUGGAAUCUGUUAAUAUCACGGUUGUUUUUUGAUGCCAAAAACAACGAAGAGAUGAGAAGUUCCCUGCAAGAACGUAUUCAGAGAACGCUGUCAAAUAUGAGGAUCCCCAGUUACAUAGGUGAAAUCACCUGUACCGGCAUAAAUCCUGGGAAUGUCCCUCCUUAUAUCCAUGGAAUGAGGGUUCUUUCCCUGGACAUGAAUGGGGUAUGUGCCUUGGAAAUUGACAUUGAAUAUAAUGGUGGUGCGUUAGUAGACAUUGAAACAAGGCUUGAAGUUCGUGAACUAGAUUCAAAUCUAGAAUCAAGCUCUGUGGAGGAGGUCACAUCAGAACUUCUAGAAGGUGUUGAGUAUUUCGGGAAACAGUUGAAGCUUUCUGAAGGGACGGUUGAUGCAAUAGAACAAAAGGAUGAAGGAGAUCUCAAACUGGAUGGGAUAAAAGGCAAGAGCGCUUUACGGGGAUCAUCUCAUGUUUCCAGGUGGAAAUCAAUAGUAAAUUCUGUCGCCAAGCAGGUUUCACAGGUUCCUAUCUCAUUGGCAAUAAGGGUAGCAUACCUGCGAGGAACAAUCCAAUUACGUAUACAGCCGCCUCCUUCUGAUCAAAUAUGGUUUGGGUUCACAUCCAUGCCUGAUAUUGAUUUCAACUUGGAGUCUUCUGUUGGGGAGCACAAGAUCAGUAGUGGAAGUAUUGCUUCAUUUUUGAUCAGUCGGUUUAAGACAGCCAUUCGGGACGCUGCUGUACUUCCAAAUUGUGAAAGUGUAUGCAUUCCAUGGAUGUUAGCAGAAAAGGAUGACUGGGCUCCAAAGAAAGUUGCUCCAUUUAUAUGGAUUAAUCAAGAAGCUGUUGCCGAUCCUGCUGAAUCAGAAGGCAAGCAUGAAAAGGCAAAGAAAGUUGAAUGUGUCCAAGGUGAAUCUUUGGACAAACAUGCAUCUUCUUCACCAGUUCAUGAAAAAGCAAAGAAAGUCGAACCUGUCCAGCGUGCGUCUUCGGACAAACAUGCAUCUUCAUCAGUUCCAUCCAAUCAGUCUGUUUGCAACAGCAAAUCUAUGCAAGAACUGAGUACCCCUUUGUUGAGGAAUGAUGAACCGCAAGACAUUUUCCAGUGGAGAAAAGAAGAGAACUCAGAUGGCAGUCAAUCAUCAUCUCGGUCAAUGAGUUUCACAGAGAAUCAGGAAGUUGAUGCAAGGCCAAAGAGAGUGGGGAGAAAAGCAAGGAUGCUUGAUUUGGGGAAGAAAAUGGGGGAAAAGCUUGACGAGAAGAGGCGUAACAUUGAAGAGAGAGGCAGAAACAUUGUUGAAAGGAUGCGAGCACCUUAAAACGGAAUCAUAAUGCAGACUGGAAAUUGUAUGGAAUUUGUAGCGCACAACAUCAGAUCACAAAGGGAAAUGCGAGACCUAGAAUAUUUUGUACUAUUAGUAUUCCAACUCUUGAAGGGUCCUCAAAUCCCAUUUUCUCUUGGGUCCUAAAUUCUUUGGUGCACAUAUCUAUUGGGAAUUGAUACUUAUUCGAUAAAGUGAUAUACGUAGUAUUUCACAUUGUAUAUUGAAAAGGAAGUACAUUAGAAAACUAUUUGCAUGCGCAUUAAUGGUUGGUCAUUGUUUUAUUUGAUAAUAGCAAAUAAUUAUUCAUACGGAUUUCUUUUGCUCA